CGGCGCGGUGACGUCAUAGACGCCUGUCGGGUGUUGACUGAAACAAAAACAGAAGAAGACGGGAGGCGAAGAGCGAGGCGGCUUUUAUCGCGGGAACCGGCUCGAGAGCGGCUGAGAGCCGCCGGCCACUGCCCGUCAGGCUCGAGGUGAUAAAUGACUGAAGUAAAGUGAAAGCCGAAGGAAGUGGCAGUAACAACAUGAAGUUGUAUGUAUUUCUGGUUAACACUGGAACAACUCUUACAUUUGACACAGAACUUGCUGUACAGACUGUUGCAGAUCUUAAACAUGCCAUCCAAACUAAAUAUAAGAUUGCAACUCAGCAUCAAGUUUUGGUCGUCAAUGGAGGAGAAUGCAUGGUUGCCGAUAGGCGUGUUUGUAGCUACAGUGCUGGGACGGAUACAAAUCCCAUAUUUCUGUACAACAAAGAGAUGAUUCUAUGUGACCGUGCACCAACCAUACCUAAGACGACAUUUUCUGCAGAAAAUGAAAUGGGGCUGAAGGUAGAGGAGUCGCUUAUGAUGCCAGCUGUAUUUCACACAGUAGCCUCUAGAACUCAGCUUGCUGUGGAGAUGUAUGAAGUUGCAAAGAAGCUUUGUUCAUUCUGUGAAAGAUUGGUCCACGAUGAGCACCUUCAGCAUCAAGGUUGGGCUGCCAUUAUGGCCAAUUUGGAGGACUGCACCCAUUCUUUUCAAAAGCUGCUGGCAAAGUUUGAAAAUGCAUACAGCAAUUAUGAACGUUCUGUGGAAGAUAUUAAGCAAAAACUUACAAACCUAGGCACAGCAGUCUCGGUAAUGGCUAAGAUACCACUAUUGGAGUGCCUGACCAGACACAGUUAUCGAGAAUGUCAGGAAAGACUGAAAUUACCUACAGAAAAAGAAAGCACAGAGAAAGAAAGCACGGAAGAAGAAACUGAAGAUGAGAGGUCCAGCAGUUCGGUACUUUGUUCUGUUAAAUCUGCAGUUAACAGGAAAUCACCCUCUAGUUCUAUAUCAUUUGGACAUUCUGUGCAGAACAGUGUUAUUCAACAGGAAGAAAAGGACAACGAGACCAACGAUGAAAGAGCUCAGAAGACUGCAGCAGAAGAUGAAUUUAAAGAAGAAAUGGAUGACCAAGCUUUCUUCAAUGUCUCCUUAUUGGACUGGAUUAAUGUACAAGAUAGACCAAAUGAUGUGGAAUCGUUGGUCAGGAAAUGCUUUGAUUCAAUGAACCGACUUGAUCCAGAAAUUCUUCAGCCGUUUUUGACAGACUGUCGUGAAACAAUUGCCAAACUUGAUAAUCAGAACAUGAAGGCAAUUAAGGGACUCGAGGACCGACUAUAUGCCCUGGAUCAAAUGAUAGCCAGCUGUAACAGACUGGUGAAUGAACAAAAAGAAUUAGCUCAGGGAUUUUUAGCUAAUCAGAAGAGAGCUGAAAACCUGAAAGACCCAUCUGUUCUUCCUGAUUUAUGCCUGAGUCAUGCAAAUCAGUUAAUGAUUAUGUUAACAAACCACAAGAAACUGCUGGAUAUUAAACAGAAAUGUACCACUGCUAAGCAGGAACUUGCAAACAACUUGCAAGUCAGAUUGAAGUGGUGCUGUUAUGUGAUGCUUCACGCAGAUCAGAAUGGUGAAAAACUCCAGGCUUUGCUACGGCUUCUGACAGAAUUGCAGGAGAGAGUCCGGAUUGUUGAGGCACUUAGUACUGUUCCGCAAAUGUACUGCCUCGCUGUUGUUGAGGUAGUAAGGCGGAAAAUGUUCACUAAACAUUACAGGGAGUGGACCAGUGCUCUUGUAAAAGAGGGAAAGCAACUCUACGAAGCUGAGCGAGCAAAAAGGGAAUCAUUUGGAAAGCUGUUUAGAAGGUCAUUUCUUAGAAAUCGCUUGUUUAGGGGGCUUGACUCAUGGCCGCCAUCAUCAUUUUGUACAUACAAGCCUCGAAAGUUUGACUUUGAGCUUCCUGAUGUAUCCUUAGCUGACCUGCAGUUUCUGCAGUCAUGCUGUCCUUCAGAAGUUCAGCCUUUCCUCAGGAUUCCUACACUGUGUGACUUUGAGCCAUUACACCAGCAUAUUCAAAUUCUUCGUAAUUUGGUCAAAGCUGCUCAGAGUUUGGAUGAAAUGUCCCAGACUAUCACCGACUUACUGACUGAGCAAAAGGUGUCCCUUGAUCAACCCACUUUAACAACAGUAACAACACACAGGCUGGAAAGCACAAUCGGAACUAAAACUACCUCUUCCAGAGCCACAUCUACACUUAGCCUUCAGGGACCAAUCUGUCCACCUGCUAACGUUCCUGCCUCAUUAGAAGAGUUGUCUCCUGAUAGUAUUGAUGCCCAUACAUUUGAUUUUGAAACUAUUCCUCAUCCAAAUUUAGAACAAGUUCUCAAACAAGGAUCUAUAGAUAUGGACUCAUUGGCAGAAAGUCCAGAGUCUGAUUUUGUGUCAGCUGUAAACGAAUUUAUGAUUGAGGAGAACUUGACCUCACCCAACUUAAACAGUGAUCCACAAAGUCCUGAAAUGAUGCUUGAAUCAUUAUAUUCUUCAGUUAUUAAUGCAAUUGAUAAUAGACGUAUGCAGGAUACAACUUUUGGUGCAAGUGAGGACUCUAAACAUGUUGCAACUCUAAAAGUGCAUAUAGAAAAAUACAGGCUUGUCACUGAAAUGUCUCAGUUGCAUUUUAUAAACAUUAAAAAAGACCUUAACCAUUUCAGAGCACUUGUUCAGAAAGAGCAGUGUGAUUUUAGUAGUUCUAUGAAAAAUGUAAGUGAAGAAUUGAGAAGUAUAAUAGAAACUGUAAAAUGUAGGGUUGAGGCAGGAGCAAAGGAAAAUUAUCAACAAAGAUUAGAGAUUUUAAGGAAGGAUUAUGAAGAUCAAAUAGACAAAUGGAAUGUUGAGGCAGUAGCUGCUCAUCAAAAUGUAGAAAAGUUGAAAAAGGAUUUGUUGGAACUUGAAAAUUGUAUAAAACAGAAAGAUCAUGAGAUUGCUACGACAAGGACUAAAAGUGAAACUCUCUUGUGUUUACAAAUUAGUAAAGAUAAAGAAAUACAUGACUUGAUGGAAGAUAGAAAAAAACAAGAGACAGAAAUGCAAGAACUCAGACAAUCGAAAGCAAGUUUAUUAGAAGAAUUAAACAGACUUAACAUCAAGGCUGAUCAGAAGAUGGAGUGCUUAAGAGAAGAACUUCAGAAUCUUGAACAAAGUCAUCUGAAGGAUCUUGAAGAUAACCUGAAAGCCAGACAUCAACAGGAAAUGGAAAAGUUGAUGGCUGAUCACUGUAGUCAGCAAGAACAAAUCUUGAGGGAAAAUGAAACAAGGCUAGAUCAUGUGCAACAGUCCCUUACAUUAAAGCUCCAGGAGCGAGAACAAGAACUGAAUGAACUUAAAUUUAAAGUAUCUGAACUUUCUGACUUUAGAUGUAAGCUGGAAGUUGACUUGGCUUUGAAGGAAGCCGAAACUGAGGAAAUAAAGCAGCGUUUAAAAGAGAAUCAAGUCCAACAAGAGGAAAUCACAAAAUGUCAGGUUAUGAAAGAAACAGAGAAAUAUAACGAAGAGAUAACUGACUUGAAACACCAGCUUCAGAUAAAAAUUGAGGAGUACAAGUUAGGGCUUGCAGAAGAAAGAACACUAAUGACUAUAGAAAAAGAUCGGUGCAUUGCUGAGUUGUUAAACAGGCAAGAAGAAGAGAAGUCCCUACUUAAAUCAGAGCUAAGUAAAUGGGAUGCAAUGAGACAGCAAUCACUUGAUGUGGAAGCAACAUUAAAGGGACAAGUUGAAGAGCUCAGCACUAAGUUGGAAGAAUGUUUGAAAACGGUAGAAACCCAAAAGAAGGAAAUGGUGUCUGAAAAACAAAGAAUUGCCUUUGACAUGGAAGCAAAAUAUAAAUCUACUAUUCAUGGUCUUCAGGAGGAGAAGGAACAACUACUCAACAGUUUAAGCCAGGAGAGAGAGAAAUUUGUUGGAAAUAAAAUGCAUGAGGAUUGUGAACAAAAAAGACAAGCUCUCGAGCAAGAGUUGCAAAUAAAAAAUCAACAACUUGAAAGUCAAUUUGAAGAACGAAAUAGAGCUGAGAGGGAAGUUCCACUUUCAUCUGCAUCAGUGAGUUGGAGUCCUCCACCUAGUGCUAUUGCUGACCUGACAGGGAAAUUUCAAGAAGAGAAGGCUAACCUACUAGACCAACUAGAAAAAAGGAAUGAAGAACUUCAAAGCCUUAAAACAUCACUGAUAGCUGAACAACAGACCAACUUCAACACUGUUCUAACUCGGGAAAAGAUUAAGAGAGAACAAAUUAUCCAUGAGCUGAAUGACAAACUGAAAAAGCUAACCCAGCAACAAGAAAAGGAUAGAGUUUUGAUAGAAACCCUCUCUGCGGACAGAGCUACUUUGCUACAAGAAAAGAAAAAGCUUGAUGAGGAACUUAACAGACUACGAAGUAAUGUGCUGAUUUGUUCUGCCUUUUCAUCACCUGGAACCUCUGGAGCUGAGGCUCCUGCUGCUUCUGGGUCUGACAUUCCAUUUGAUUCAGAAAGACUUGCACCUGUUACUGCAGUAGUCGAGGAUGGCAGAAUAGACUCCGCACUGGAGGCAAGCACCAUGACUGUACGUGAAACCAUCCAAAUGUCUGAGGAAAAACAUAGGAUUAUGAUCUUAGAAAGAACAUUACAAAUGAAAGAAGAGGAGAAUAAACGUUUAAAUCAAAGAUUGAUGUCUCAGAGCAUGUCUUCUGUAUCUUCUAGACAUUCUGACAAAAUAGCUAUUCGAGAUUUCCAAGUUGGUGAUUUAGUGCUUAUUAUCUUGGAUGAACGUCAUGAUAACUACGUUCUAUUUACUGUUGGUCCAACCCUUUACUUCCUGCAUUCAGAGUCAUUGGGAGCAUUGGAUCUUAAGCCAGUUCCAGGUUCUUCUAGGAGACCUUGGGUACUUGGGAAAGUGAUGGAAAAAGAAUAUUGUCAAGCUAAAAAGGCUCAAAACAGAUUUAAAGUCCCUCUGGGAACAAAAUUCUACAGAGUGAAAGCAGUGUCCUGGAACAAGAAAGUAUAACAGUUAUGAAACCGACUGUUGUUAGCUCACUUUUCCUUUCUAUCACAGUUCCUUUAAGGCUUGUUGUGCUACAUUUGUUAUGCAGCUUCUGAAGAUACUUGGAAAAGAAGGGUGGCACAAAUGUAAUUCACAUCAGUAGAACCUUGCUGGAGCGAUGCUUCAUUUUUUGAUACUCCCCAUUCAACAUGAAUUCAGCACUGCCCAGAUCAUAAAAUGCAUCUAGUCCCAUUCAAUGAACUGCUUGUAUUCUUCCCUGAAGACCUAGAAAUGUGGACCAAAUACAUUCUUUUCAAAAAGCAUGUUCUCUACAUAGUGGCAUAAUAGCCAUGUGAUUUGCCUGUUCAAAACAAAAUCACUGAAUAUUCAGAUGCCUAAACAUUUGUCAUUAUUACCAGCAUUUGUGAAGGAAUUUAUCACCAUCAAAGUAGUUUGAGAAAACCAUCUUUACCAUAUGUAUUUAAUCAUUUAAAUAUUUAUAGGAGUGUUCCUAGCAUGCAAACGUCCCAUAUAAAAUUUUAUCUUAAGUUUGCUUCCAUGGAUUUUCAUUCUAGCUGUUAAUCUACAUACAUACUGAAGUUACUUAGAAAUAUAUAGAGAUCUAGCCCUGUAUGGUGAAGAAAUGUGCAAUGAAUAAGACUGGAAUUUGAAUCAGUUGUAGAAUUGCAUUUCUGAAAAAAUGCACCAUCAAUCGUUAAUUGUGUAUACACAUUGGAAGGGAAGAAUUUGUGUUGUUUACAAAUAACACAGUACUAAAGCUUCCCAGAAACCUAAAGCUGGAAUAAAUGUAAUAUAUUGUUUCAUUUAAGUGACCAGUGUUCCAUUCAGUUUUAAAACCAAUCUCUCAUUGUAUAUUAACCAUCAUAAAAUCUUCAAGUUACAAACAUUACUGUAUUGCAAAAGAAAUUCAGAAUUUUGAAACAAUAAACAUUUAAAUCUGUAGUGUAUGCAUCAUGAAAAAUAUUUAAUCACUGCAGAAAAGAAAAAUAUUAAAAUUCAGUGUAAAUUUACAUUACUGUUGGAUAAAGUUGUUAACUUUUCCUUCAUGUUAAAGCUAUUACUGUGUACUGCAUUGCAAUAUUGUUUAUAUUUUAAAUUGCUUAAUUUGCUGUAAAGUGCUUCUGUGCACCCUGAGGUUAUGAAAGGGAGUGUAUAAUUGCAAGUUUGUUCUUCUUUGUACAUAAUUAGGAUUAACUAUCAAUGCAAGGUGUGACAAAAACACAUUAUCACUGUAUGUUGGCAUACUAUGAUAGAUAAAUACAGUAUAUACUGAGUGAUGGA